AUGGAGAGCGCGACAGCAUCCCCCGAACCCGAGUCGUCGCGUCGUCGAUCCGGACGCGUCGUGCGAGCCCCCGAAAAGUUCAGCCCCGAACCAGUCACCGCCCCCAAGCGCAAAAGAGGCCUGGAACAGGAUGAUGAUGAUGAAGGGAACGACGAUGACGAGCCCGAGACGGAUGCCACGAUGAGCGACGCCGCCGAUAGCGCCGACGAACGCCCUCGCUCCAGACCCAAGAAGCGAUCAGGCGCAUCGCAAGGGACCCGCGUAAAGAAGCCCGCAACUAAGAAACCCAAGACCAACGGGGUGGCCCCAUCUGGUCACUCCGCUAGCCUGCCAUCCCGUCCGAAGAAGUCGGUGAGAAUUGCUGAUAAGCAAGGAGAGGGCCUCUACGCCGACGUUUUUGGUUCGGGGCUGCCCUCAGAUGAAGUUGCCGACAAAUGGCAGACUAGAUACCAGGCCAACGAUGCCCUUGCUGUUGUCGAGCUCGUCAAUCUGGUAUUGCAAUGUUCCGGCUGUGAUCUCGAGAUUACCGAAGACGAUGUCCGCGACCCUGAUAACUGUCAGGCUCGCCUUACCGAGCUUCAGGAUCUGUUCCAGGAGGAGCAAGUAACGGAGUACCCUCUCAUUUCCAGGGCGAAAAACACCAAAGCUUUCCGCGACCUCCUGACCGGAUUUUUCAGGGCUGUUGUGCGUAGUGUUCACGAGACCGACAUCCUCUACAGCGACGCGACUUUGAUGGAAAACCUCGUCCGCUGGAUAGCAUCCAUGUCGACUUCAUCACUCCGUCCUUUCCGGCACACUGCGACCACUGUCAUCCUCUCCCUUGUGCACGGCUUGAUCGAUGUCGCAAACACUCUUGAUUCCCGCAUUACUGCUAUCGAACAACAGAUCAACCAAGCCAAGAGAGGCAAGAACAAGGCCAAAUUGGCGGAAAUGCAGCGCACGCUCGACGAAGCCAACAACAACAGAGAGCUAUGCGGCCACCAUAUCAAAGACUUCUUCGACACUACGUUCAUCCACCGAUACCGAGAUAUCGACCCGCGUAUUCGGACAGAGUGUGUCGAGGCCUUGGGGUCCUGGAUCACUGGUCAACCAACAGUCUUCAUGCAACCCGAGUAUUUGCGCUACUUGGGCUGGAUGCUCUCGGACGUGGUUGCUUCAACUCGACAAGAAGUCCUCAGACAACUCGCACGCAUCUUUCGAAAGGACAUUCAGCCGUUAGGCCACUUCAUUGACCGAUUUCGGCCUCGCCUCAUUGAAAUUGCUACCAAGGAUGCUGAGGUGUCUGUCCGUGUCGCGGCCGUCUCUGUCAUCAACGUCCUCCGGGACGCCGGAAUGUUGGAGCCAGACGAGGUUGACUCUGUUGGCAAGCUCAUUUUCGACAGCGAUUCCAGGAUCAGGAAAUCGGUUGUCAACUUCUUCGUCUCCUGUGUUGAAGAUUCCAUCGAAAGUAAAAUGGAAGAGCUUGGUGGCCAGGAUGCCCUGGAUGAGCUCUUUGGCGAAAUCGAGGACGACGACUACAACUCGCCCCGCAGCACGUGGGUCAACAUCAAGUGCUUAGCGGAGAACCUCGCGGCGUUUGAUGCGCAGGUUGAAGGCGAGCAGCAAGACGGCAGCUCUCAAGGCCUCGCCGCUGUGGCUGAUGUCACGCAGGCGAAUGUGGCCGACACUCGCAUAUCGCUUGCUUCCCAAGUCCUUUUCGAAAAGGUGCCCUACGUAAAACAGUGGGAGGUGCUGGCGGGGUAUCUGCUCUACGACCAUACUGUCAGCUCCAAGUCCAGGUCCAAGUCACAUGGUGCCUCCACUGAGAUUGCUUUUAAGAAAGCCGUUGGGCCGGGGGGUUCAGAGGAGGCUAUCUUGCUGGAAGUCCUGGCCUCAGCAGUGAAGAUGUCGAUGUUACAAUCCGCCGAGUUUGAGAAGAACAAGAAAAAGAGCGGUCGCCCGGAAGUUGCCGAGGCUCAAGAAGAGACAGCCUUGGAACUGGCAACCGUGAUCCCGCAACUUCUCAACAAGUUCGGGGCUGAUCCUGCUACGGCUACUAUUGUCCUGCGAAUGGAACACUUCCUAGACUUGGAGGUUUUCCAAUCACUGCGGCAAGAUUCGACCAAGUAUGAGAAGUUGUUGGACGAGAUCAGCACACAGUUCAACAGGCACGACGAUAAGAGGGUUGUUUCUGAAGCUGCCGCUGCUCUCCUCCAUUCUCGCCAAUAUGACGAGCUCGAGGAGCUGACUGAGGGAAGGCUUGCAGUUCUGUGGGAGAACGUCAUCAAUACACUGCGCAGCUUCGACAAAACAUGCGAGCUCACCAUCCGCGGCAACCUGGAAGAGGAGCAUUUGACAGCACUCUCCACCGUGCUCAUGAAGAUCAGUGAGCUUGCUCGCAUUUCUGAUUGCACAGAAAUCCUCGAGACCGAAGGCCGUGCGGCUGACUCAAUGUCAUCCACCAUUGAAAUCCUGGUCAACAUUGUUCGUCGGGGCACAUUCAACGAGCCCAGCGAAGUCGACGACUUGGAGGACGAGGCCACGUCCUUCGCAAUCAAGGGAAUCCAAUUCUACUUCAUGUGGAAGGUGCGAAGCUUCCAAAAGAUCAUCCAAAGCGGAGCCGAAACCCCUGAUUCUGUCGUGGACCAAAUCGUCGUCCUGCGCAGGAAGUAUGACACGGGCCUGAUCAAGACUUUGUCGUCACGAGCUGUCAUUGACGAGAUUCGUAUUUUCGCGACUGGUGCUCUUUGCGACAUCCACGUCCUCUUUGGUUCCUUGCGAAACUGGACAGAAGAGUCCCGCGGAAACGCUAACUACAAGAAGUUCGCGAGGCUCACACACGAGCUCGAGCCCAAGCUCUUGCCUGAGCUCAUCUCCAUCUACGACGGCGUCGAGCGGAGCUUUGCCAAGCGUACGAAGAAGAUCCUCAACGAGCCGGCCGAAGACGAAGAACCCAUGGAUGAUGACGACUCUGACGAGGAGGAGGAUGAGGACGAGGGACUAACUCAAGAGGAGAAGCUUGCCAUUGAGCUCAAAUCUGAAAAGGCACUCUGCGAACUGGCUGCCAAGUUUGUGCUCGCCAUAGUUCAAAAGGUCCUGGAUCAAACAGGGCCCCACGCCGGCACGCUUCGCAAGCGUCUCCUCCGAAACCAGGGCAGGCUCGGCAAGAACUUUGCCGAAGUAGUCGCUUACCUCGACCCGUCCAAGGUCCGGGAGCACCUGUACGGCAAGAAGCAGGCGCAAAGGGCGAAGACGUCGGCCAAAUCCACUGCAGCCAAGCCCGCCCGGAGCGAGGAGAUCGUUGUCGACGAUGACGACGAUAACGAAGAGGAAGACGUUUUCGAAGAACCCGAGCCUGAGCCAGAAGAGGGCACCAAAGAAGAUCUCCGGCGACGAGAAUUGCUGGAAGAAGAGGAAGAAGAGGAGCCUGACGUAGAGGAGGCUCCCGCCAAUAAUGAUGCAGACGACGACGAUGUAUUGGGCGACUGA